AUGACUGAUCUUGAUCUUGAAAGUGUUUACCAAGAUUACUUGGCGUCUUUACAAGACUUGACCUUCAACUCUAGGCCAAUAAUAACCAAUUUAACCAUUAUAGCUCAAGAAAAUGAUUUUGCUGCAAGGGCUAUUGUACAAGCAAUAGAAAAACAAAUCCAUAUUUGUUUGCCUGAACAUAAAUUACCUGUUUUAUAUCUACUUGAUUCUAUCUGUAAGAAUGUUGGCGGAACUUACGUUCAUCUAUUCUCAAGAAAUCUUUAUAACAUAUUUAUGGAAACAUAUAACUCUGUCGAUCAAACUACAAAAUUAAAGCUUGAAAAGGUGUUGAUUACAUGGAAAAGUGGUCCAAGUGGUGAUCCAGUGUUCUCGAAUGAUAAUCAACCUAUUAUUCAACCACCACUGCAACAACAACCUUUACCUCAGCAAUACACGAAUACUAAUUCGAUCAGAGGAUAUUACAAUACUCAACAACAGUAUGUCAACAAGCCUUCAAUUCCUUUGCAUAAUCAAGUAUUCAUUCCUCCACCAGAACAGCAACAAUUAUUACAAGAAUGCAAAUCGUUAAUUUUGUCACGUCAACAAAAUCCAUCAGAUUUAACUAAUCAAAACCAAAUCACUUAUCUGCAAAAGUUAUCUGAAGCACUUCAACAAAAAUUUGUUACAAAUGAAGAAAUUCAGCAGAUAAGACAAAUGCUUGCUGCAAAUAUGAUCUUAUCUCCAAAUUUUAAUACUAUUCAACCACCACUGCAACAACAACCUUUACCUCAGCAAUACACGAAUACUAAUUCGAUCAGAGGAUAUUACAAUACUCAACAACAGGUUAGCAAUAUUUCCUGA